CAUCUUCAAUUUUCCGACGUCUUGAGCGCAGAGCCAUUAUACAGACAAGAUGGCGACCGUACGCGCGCCAAGCUCGACGCCCGUUCCCACGACCGAGACCGCCGAAGCCGCAGGCGCAAAGUCGACCGUCACGCCAGAAGAAUGGAAGGCCAUGUCGACGGUGCUGCACAAUAUCUACGCCUAUGAAUCGGAAGAUGGAUACGACCCUACGAAGCUCUUCCAGCGCAAGGUCAAUAAGCGCGCGGUGCCCGACUAUUACGAUAUCAUCAAGGAGCCCAUGGCCUUGAGUACGAUCAAGCAAAACGUCAUGCACAAGAACUACAAGGACUUUGCCAGCUUCGUACGCGACCUUGCCCUUAUUCCCCACAACGCCCAAGUCUACAACAGGCAAGAUUCGCAAGCAUACGUGGAUGCGCUGGAGGUCAAGGCCGUCAUCUUGCGAGAGCUGAAGAAGCUUGCCGACGAAAAACUCAUAACCGAGGAAAUCGCGACAUUGCCAUAUCUUGGAGAGAUCCCAGAGGCAGAACCGUUACCACUGGAGGAGGAAGAGGAGGAAGAUGACGAAGACGACGAGGAGGAGCUUGAGAUUGACGAAGAUGAGGAUGAGGACGACGAAGACGAGAGCAAGCGCAAAAAGAGGCGCGGCCCACGGUCCUCAGCAGCCAUUGCUAAGCGUGAGAGUGGCGUGAGAUCGAGAAACAAGGACGCAGAUGAUGCGAAGAACGACGACCCGGAAUCGAGAAAGAAGCGAGGGCGGCCUCCGCGUGUCGACACACCCAUGGAAGCUCGAAUCAAAGCUAUCAUGAAGGCCAUUCGCAAACCUCGAAAUCAGCUGAACAAGCUGAUGGUCAGCGCCUUCGAGCGCGUGCCUGACAAGACUGCCAUGCCCGAGUACCACGCUGAGAUCAAGGUCCCAAUGGCCAUGGACAUCCUCAAGCGGAAGCUAAAGCGGAAGAAGUAUAACUCUGUGGACCACUUUAUGGUCGACGUGGAGCUUAUGUUCGAGAAUGCGAAGCAGUACAACGAGGAAGAAAGCCAAAUCUAUCAGGAUGCUGUAUAUUUGCAGGGCGAAUCCCGGGUCAUCGCAAAGAUCGAGAAGGACAAGCCUGACACAGACUUUGUCAUGGAAGAGGGUCGCAUUCCUAUGCCCAACGGCAUCAUCCACAAUGGCGAACUCUGGAAGGUCGGCGAUUGGGUACAUAUCCAGAACACAAACGACCUCACGAAGCCCAUCGUUGCACAGAUCUACCGGACAUGGCAAGACACAGAGGGUGGGAAAUGGGUGAAUGCGUGCUGGUACUACCGUCCAGAGCAGACCGUCCAUCGUUUUGAUAAACACUUCCUCGAGAACGAGGUUGUUAAGACUGGCCAGUACCGCGAUCAUCGUAUCGACGAGGUCGUUGAUCGAUGCUUCGUCAUGUUCGUCACUAGAUACAACAAGGGUCGGCCUCGCGACUUCCCUCCAGACAAGGAAAUCUACGUUUGCGAAGCACGUUACAACGAAGACGCCCACAAAUUCAACAAGAUCAAGACGUGGGCAAGCUGUCUGCCAGAUGAGGUUCGCGACAAAGACUACGUGAUGGAUCUGUUCGAUGCUCCUCGCAAGCUCAAGAAGAUUCCCAGUCCAAUCGCGUACCUGCUGAAGGACGAGCAGACCGAGGAUGACGAUCUUCCAAAGCCUGACUGGGGUGCUGAAAACGCUCCGCCAAAGAUUGGUGCUGUUCACCGUCGUCCACGUGAUGCUAAGGACUCGCCACCCCCUGAACCCACACCUCCUCCUCCACCGACACCUCCACCAGCACCACCAAUGGCAACUCCACUGCUCGCUAGAGCGCCAUCGAACGGCUACGGUGCCGAGUUACACAGAAACCAUUCCUUCCCGCAAGCACCUACCAUAACACCUAUGCCCGCACCAACACCACAACAACAUCACGCUGCGCCAGCUUACACGCCAACACAUCCAACACACUAUCACUCACAGUCGCCUGCCCCACACCUCCACCAGCAAGGAUCCCAAGCGCCAGGCUUCCAACCCAUUACACCACAUGUCCCGUUCACCCCUCAACCCACCGCACCAAUGCAAUCAUUCCAGACGCCCCGACCCACACCAGGCUAUCCACAACAGUACGCUCAGCAGCCAUCAGCCGCAUACAAAGCCCCUCAACCAGUAGAAGUCUACGUCUUGAACGACCACGCCAACGCCAGUAUCCCCCAAGACAUCCGCGAGCAAUUCCAGCGCGACGAAAAAGGCCGCAUCUUGUUCUUCACAGCUCCGCCGCUCAACGUCGAUCAGCCCCUCACAAAAGAAGGUCGAGCCCUCGGCCACUCAGCACGCUACCUCGCCGCGCGCGCAAAGAAAGAACAAGCCAAGGCAGAAAAACGUAAAGCCGACGAAGCCGGCGCUGUGGAACGCGACGCAGCAGCCAAGAAAGCAAAGGCAGACGAGGAGGAGCAAUUUCGAGCCGCCGUUGCGAAACUAGGCAUUAAGGCUGUGCGCGCGUUGGAAGAUCAGCUCGCUAUCACGACGAAAAUGGACUUUGAGCACGCUUUUAACGGGCAGGCCAAGCAGGGUGUGGCGACGGUGCUGGACCGCUUGGUCACGGCGCAGGAGCAGGCGAGCACGAGGAAUCUGCUGCGUGACGAACAUGUGCGGGAGCGGGAGGCGGGGAGACAGACGAGUGUUACGGGUAUGACGGCGAGGUUGGAAGAAGACAUUUAAGGGGUGGAUGUGUUUUGGGAGGUGAGCUUGAAACUCUGUAUGGACGGUCGAGUGGAAUGUGGCGUUUGGUGGUUAUGGUGCUACACUAGCAUCUCCUCAAUGGAGUUUGAAGAAACACAAAUAUCUCGUUCGAUACUCUUCUUUUUGCACUGCUCAACACAUGGCAAGCCAGGUACAUGCUGGUGCGGCUUGGCCUUUGGGAUUGCCAGUGAGAACAAGUAAGACUGCUCUUUUCACAUGUUAGCAAUUACAACACCUUGCUGCAGCUUAAAAGUCUAGAGAUAGAAUUAUA